UCUCUCUCUCUCUCUCUCUCUCUUAUUCUUACAUCUCUAGACCUAUCUAAAAUUAAUUCGCAAAAUAUUCAUCUCCACGUUAAUUUGAGUUUAUUUUCCUAAAACAUGGAAAGCUUGAUAUUCUAUAUUGGAGUCAUAGGCAAUGUAAUCUCUGUGUUCAUGUUCCUCUCCCCUGUUGGGACUUUCUGGAGAAUCAUAAAGCACAGAUCGACUGAGGACUUUGAGAGCCUUCCCUACGUCUGCACGUUGCUGAGCUCAUCUUUGUGGACUUACUAUGGAAUCAUAAAGCCUGGAGCAUACCUUGUUGCCACUGUCAAUGGCUUUGGGAUCGUAGUAGAAAUCAUCUAUGUAUCUUUAUUCCUUAUUUACGCACCAGUAAAGAUGAGGAAUAAGACUGCCAUUCUUGCUGGGAUCUUGGAUAUGGGGGUUCUAGCGGCAGUGAUUCUAGCUACCCGGCUGGCUCUCCAUGGAGAAGUACGGAUCGAUGCCAUAGGGUUCAUGUGUGCUGGCCUCAACAUCAUUAUGUAUGGUUCACCUCUAGCUGCCAUGAAAACAGUGGUGACAACAAAGAGUGUGGAGUACAUGCCAUUUUUCCUCUCAUUUUUCUUCUUUUUGAAUGGAGGGAUUUGGACUUUCUAUGCCAUACUUACACAAGAUUACUUUCUUGGGGUACCAAAUGGAGCAGGGUUUUUGCUUGGAAUAGCACAACUAGUGCUCUAUGUAAUUUACAUGAAUGCUAAGCCAUCCAGCAAUGUUUCUGAAAGACUGGAAGAGGGAUGGGAACAAGAAAGUCUCAUCUCAUCCUCAAAUUAUUCUAAUUAAAUUAAAUGAAGGUUUUGAGAUCACAUGACUAUAGAUCUUUCAUUCUUUCUAGAAGAUUUGAGGUUGUUGCUUCCAUAAACCUAUAUACCUAUAUAUUAGUAAGUUCAUUCAUUGACCGCAAAUUAAAGAUAUUUUCUUAAGAGGUUAA